AUGUCAAAUACAGCUGAUUCUUCAUCAUCAUCAGAUGUAGUCAAAAAUGCAAUCCCACCAUCAAUCUUAUCAAGAAUUGAUGAAUUAUCAACUUCACCAAUUCCAGCUGGUUUAUUAUCUGCAUCUUUGUUAUUAAAAGGUUUUACAAGUUCUUCAACUUCAACAAUACCGAAUUCUGGAACUUCAGGAUCAUCUUUUGCAUUUCAUAAAAAGCUACAAACUGCUAAACCAACGAAAUUUGGAUCUUUAGGAUUUGGUUCAAUAAUGGCAUUAGGAACUUAUAUGAUGAUAGAUGGUGAUCCUAUAAAUGCUUCAGGUUUUAAUUUUGCAUGGUCAUUGUUAUAUUUGAUAGUUAAUGGAAAAUCAAGUAUAUCGAGUUUAUUCAGGGGACAUAUUUCACCAAUAGGGUUAAGUGGAUUAGCUUUAUUCAACACUGGUAUAUAUGGUAGAGAGUUCAUUUGGAGUAAGAAAAGUCCAUUUCAAAAUUAA